GCGGCCGGGCGAUACCGCGUCGUGCAGGCCGGGACGCCCGUGACGCCGGCGCCGCGCCGCGGGGGCGCGCCCGUCGCUGAGCUCGGCGGCGGCACGGUGGUCGGCGUCGCCGAGGUGCGCCUCGCAGGCGGCGUCGUGUGGGCGCGGCUCGAGGAGCCCGCGGGCUGGAUCCCCCUGUUCGAGCCGCGCACGGGCAGGAGCUGGGCAGUGAAGCAGGCGGCCAGCGCGCCGCCUGCGCGGCCGCCACUCCCCGAUGCCGCGCCCGCGGCCCCGCCGCCGGCGCCGCCCGAGGCCCCGGCGGCGAAGCCGCAGGCGGCGCCCGAGGCUGCGGUGGAGACGUUCGCCUUCGCGCGUGUCGGCACGGUGAGGCAGGGCCUCGCGGCGCCCUCGACCCGCGGCCGCGUCGAGCUCGCGCCGUGGCUCGUGGCGCCGCAGGGCGCUGGCGGCGGCGCCGGCGGCAGGGCCGCGGGGAGCGCCGGCUCCGAAGGCCAGCGCGGCGACUGCGGUGUCUUCGCCACGCGCUCGCCGCACAGGCCCAAUCCUGUGGGCCUGACAGUCUGCAAGCUGGACGGUAUAGAUCAUGCGCGGGGAGUGCUGUUCCUGAGCGGUAUCGAUGUUGUGGACGGCUCCGCGGUCUUGGACAUCAAGCCGUACCACCCCGUCGACUCGUUGCGCCCAGCGCCGCCCCCAGGGGAGGCUGGCGGCCGCGACUGGUGGCCCUGUACCUUCCCGUCGUGGCUGCCCUUGCCUACCCCCACGAUCGCUGCAGUCUGCUGGCGCGACUCCGCGCUGGCCCAGCUGGAGUCGCUCCGCGAGCAUUGCGCCUUCUAUCCGGACGGGCGCGACCAGGGCGCCCUUCCUGGCGGUGGCGACGUCCCUCUGACCGCACCGGCACAGGCCCUCCGACGGGCUGUGGAUGAGGUCUUGGGCCUGGACCCGCGCACUCCGCAGUCGCGGCGACGCGGCAAGGACGCGGGCGCCGAGACGAAGCACUGCUACUGGGCUAUAGACGUCGACGCCCUCAGCGUGGCCUUCCGGCUGGUCGGCGGCGGGGGCCAGGGCGACUCUCGGCCCCUCUUCGAGGUCGUGAGCGUGGGGCGGCGCGGCGCAGGCGGCGCGGGCAGCGGCUCGAAGGCCUGGCUGGAGAG